CUGUAAAUGCCCAGGAAUACCUCGCUGCAAACCAUAUAAGAGGCUCCUUAUAUAGGGAGUUUGCGAACACACCACCUCGUGGUCCCAUACAACUUCCUCUUCGGGAAAUCACCAUGGCACCUUCCUAACGGGGCUCACGACCACAACCUUGGCAUUUAACCUGAGAUAACUAACCAGACGCAGGACACUAUGGAUGUAGUCGUAAUGUCUAUAAUUCAUCCUCAAGAUGCUCCGACCUAAGCCUACUUGCAUUGCUCUUGCCGAGGACGACGUUUGCUAUCACCUUGAAAGCAUCCUCAAGCGGAAGGACCAGUUUACGAAGUGGUAUCGACAGAGCGCAGGCUCCGGCAGCAGUUAUGACGGCGAUGAUGAUGAUGGCCUUUUUCUGGACUCAGACACGCUCUCUCUCCCAGAAUCGCUCUUUGAAUCGGACUGCGAUGACUCGCGAUCCCCACCUCUUGGAAAUGAUGACACGCAAGAGAACAGAACAGGCCAGGGUGAGGAUGAGGGCACAGACAGAGACAGGGACAGAAUCCAAGACUUUCAGGCUAUUGUGAGGGUUGAAAGAGACCUAGCAAAGAACACAAUUGGGGUUCUUCUGUUGGGGAUUCCAUCUAACCCAAGCAGCAGGUUGCUGGGCCAAAUGUUCACCCCCCAACAAUGCACUCACUUAUUUGCUCACUCGCUUAACCACCACCCAGCUGCCCUCUUCCCACUGAGGCUUGCCAUAUUCUCAAACACUCUCGAGAGAGUUUUCUCAUCAGUGAUCCCAGUUCCUCUUCAACUUGGCGAGGAAGAGAUACUACCUAUACCACAAGCAGAAAGUUAUCACAAGGCCUUGUUUCUGCUAAGUGCACAAGAGCUCCCACCAGUGAUCAACCCCCGCCAACACGCACCGAGCCAUUUACCAAGAAUCAAGCUCAUUCCUUGGAAAGCUUCACACUUGACAAAUAACAUGGAGCACGCGGGUCAGGAUGGACCGGCUUCUUCAAGCAGGGAUUCUCAUGGGUUGGGACCCAACGAAAUCAAUGCCUUACUUGAGGCAACGCAGAACCAUAGUGAUGCAAGGCAGCCUUCGCCACCCCAGACCAUCGACCCUCGCUCGAUUGAAAGGCGCUCGAACACACCCAAGGAGGCCCCUAAAAGUCGAGCUAAGAAAGGGAAAGCUAGAGCAACCUCCGACGAUGCGAAUACAAAGAAUGGUGGCCCUAAAAACACCGUUUCCCGCGCCACUCAGACUGACCCGGACAUGGGAACACACGUGCAAGCUAAUGGGGAUAUGCGCAACCCUUUGCAAGGGCAGGAAAACAUAGCUCCCGGCGGAGGUGCCAGCCCUCCUCCACAGCAGCUCUGGCAAGAUGUGUUUAUGUCCGCCAUGUUCCCCGAGCAGACCGCUCCGAGAUAUGAUCCCUCGGGCCAGGCCCGCAGAAGUAUGGUUAGAAUCGACAACCCACCAGCAAGAAGGGGCAGAGUAGCGCGCCCUCAGCAGGGAAUGGCUGGACAGCUCGUUCACCCGACCAUGGUGGAUGCUACUGUCUUUCAGGAGUACGUCCAUCAAUUGAUCGCAGAGCUCGACCGUGCGCCCUAAGCCGUUGAUGACGCCUGUGAAAUCAAACAUCACCGACAGAGUCGUCCGGCUUGCUGUACUUUCUUGUUUCCCUUGAAUUAUUGGGAGCCAUUUCUCAUUCGUCAUGUGCCAUCAGCGUUUCUUAUGGAUAUAGGAGUAGGUCAUCAUUUCACCGAGAAGGAGGCGAUCAGGUGUCACAGUCAAACUGCGGAAACAGAGAAGGAAACCACUUGUAUUUUGAAGAGUGUUAACAGGAACGGACUGGAAAUGUUUAAUUGCGAAUUCAGGAACCUGUAUCAUCUGACCAUGGUUGUACUUAGUCAUUGAGCUUGUCCGCCAAUGCACCAUCUGGUGCUCGCUUGAUUGGUGGAAGUAUGCCAAUGGACAUCCUAAUUCCUUCAGGUGAUCAUGCCUUGUUCAAGACAUAAGGCCCCCAGCCUCACAAUGUCGACAUGUAAUGAGAGGUGUCUAGCUCCAAGACGGCGGGAGAGAUUGGAACUGAGGCCAAAUAGCCUAACCACCAUACACGUGACAACUCAUACAUAGAUGCUGAACCACUUUUUCCCCUUUGGCUCGAGAAUAGUCUAGCGGAGUCUUUAUUAGUGUACUCUUAUCGCUUAGCGAAGUCCAGAGUCCAGAUGGUAUACGAGUAUGUACAACGUUCUUUACUUAUUUAUAGGCCAGUUGUCUCAGAUGGGACGAUGAGGGGCCGUUAGUCUAG